AUGGUCGUCAGCUCCAACUUCGUCCAUGAGAUGAACGCCAAUGUCCUUUCUCUACUGCAGCACCAUCCGGACGCGAUUCGGGAUACGCUCGUCGCCAUCGGCCAGUUGUAUCUCGCCAGACUGGGCCGAGGCUCUUUCGUCUCGGCACUCAGCAGACGCCAGAGGACGCUGGCAAGGCUGCGAACGAUGGAAAAUCCGCUACAGAACCUAGAGCUGUCCUUAUGCAUGCUUUUGCAGCUUACUGGGCUUGAGAUCAUGGACAUGAAGCCGAGUGCCGGGGAAUUGGGCCUAUCAGGCCUUCUUUCCGGCGCAGCGAUGCUCGUCAACCGGUUCUUUCUCCAAGACCGUCAAGCGAGCCAUAUCGCCAAGUAUUUUCUACGCGGACUCGCCCGUCAGGACAUGAUAAUGGCGCUUACCCAUCGGCGACGCCCCUGGAUUCAUACCGCACUCUGGCUGGACGAGGAGUGUCUGUCUUCACCCGACCGAUUUAUGGGCUGGACGACGACGUUGAUGCCUCUUUUAGAAGAACUGUGCGAACUCGCCGAGGACACCCGACUGGGAGUUGGUUGGGGCAGAGGCAACGUGGGAGAAGACGAUGACUCUUGGCCAACGACGCGUCGACAUGAUUACGCUAUCGAUCUGCGGCUGAGGAUUGAGAACUGGCAACCUAUAGUCACCAUCAAGGACUCGGCUGCGGUGACUCCGACCCUCCUCGCACAGGCGUCUGCUCUUCGGUUGGCGUCUCUGCUCUACCUACACCGAAUCCUGUAUUCUGCUGGCUCAUCACCGGCGCGUGAUCAAGAAGCUAUUGACAUGGGCAAGGAAGUGCUGUUGACGUUGGGUGUUGUCCCUGAGGAGCUGAGGACCAUGUUAUGGCCGACGUUCGUUGCUGCCUGCGAGAUGCGCCAGAUAGAAGACAGGGUACUUGCGCUGGAUGUCUUCGAUGGGAUCUACACCAGCAGGGCGACGGCCACUGCUCUUGCUGUGAAGGCCUUCUGCGUGAAAAGAGUGUGGCAGGCUAGGGAUACGGGACUGGAUUGGGACUGGAUGAAUCUGAUCUACCGCUACCCAGGAGAAUGUACACCUAUCUAG